UGUUUCUAGAUAUGAAGGAUUCUAUCACACGCCGUAAAUAACGCCCGAGUCUUUUGUCUAGUGAAUCAAGUAGUUUUUCGUCAUUCAACUAAGAUUAUUCAUAAUAAAACGACUAACAUGGUCGAUGGUCUUUUGGAGGAUGGACCUUUAAUAAGGCCUGUUGAAUCGGUAUCAACGAACACCCUCGUUGGAUUAUGUAUCGCUGCAAUAGCAGCAAUAUGCGCCGCCGCGAUGACCUGGUGGUUAUAUCGUCGACGUCGAGAGCACACAAAAUUAACCAUGGACAAGUCAUUGGCAUUUCGACCACCUCAUCGCAAGCCAACAGCGGUUAAAAGUCCAGGAAGUACAAGUCAUUAUUUAAAAAAAAGUCCAAGUCCUACGGGGCCUGCUAAGAGUCCACCUGGUUCUGGAGGACAGACACCCAGUCCAACUGACUCUCAGCAACUCCAGAAUUCUAAUAAUUUUUCUUCGCAGCUGAAAUCACUUACAGGAGGAAACGAUAAUUUAGUCCAGAAGACAUCCAGUGAGGUUACACUUACUGUUGAAAAUGAAAAAGAUAAAGCUGAGUUUGAAUCUAGUGAAAAAGCAGAGCGUAUACUGAUCAAUGGUGACACAAAUAAAAAUGAACUAGGACAGUUAUUUUUUAAAGUACGCUACCAAGCUGAUCAAAAUGCACUUGCAGUCACAGUUGUUAAGUGCACAGGAUUACCAGCCCGUGGACAUCAAACCAGUGAUCCCUACAUCAAGCUUCAACUUUUACCAGAUAAAGAGGAUAGAGUAAAAACAAGAGUUCUAAGAAAUACGCGUGAUCCUGUUUAUGAUGAGGACUUUACAUUUUUUGGCGUCUCACAAAAUCAACUUCAGAAAAUUAGUCUUCACUUUAUCGUACUGAGCUUUGAUCGAUAUUCUCGAGAUGCGAUGAUUGGUGAAGUUAUAUGUAGUUUAUCUUCGAUUUUUGGAUCAGAAAAUAUGGAAAAUCAACCGAUAUCACUAUGUCGAGAGAUAUGUCCACGCAGCCUGAAGAUUCAAUCACAAGGCAGAGGAGAAUUGUUAGUUUCCUUAUGCUGGCAACCAGCAACAAAUCGUCUGACUGUUGUUGUUUUGAAAGCAAGAAAUUUACCAAAAAUGGAUGUUACUGGUUUAGCUGAUCCAUACGUUAAAAUAUAUUUACUUUACAAUUCACAACGCAUAGCUAAGAAAAAAACUCAUACUAAAAAGCGAACACUGCACCCAGUUUUUAAUGAAUCUUUUGUUUUCGAAAUACCUAAUGGUAUUGACGGACUUGGGAAUAUCAGCUUGGAAUUUUUACUAUUAGAUUGGGAUCGUGUUACGAAAAAUGAGGUGAUUGGACGAGUAGAACUUGGUGGACAAAAGUGUGAAGGAACAGCACUGAUUCACUGGAAUGAAGUUUGCAGUUCACCUAGACGACAAAUAGCAGAUUGGCAUAAACUUACAGAAUAAACAAAUCCUUCAAUUAAAUUCUUUCAGAAUUUUUUUCACAUUCAGUAAAUUUUACAUAUGAUCAUCGUAUUACAAGAUGGAAUGUGAAAAAUUGAGAUAAAGCACUGUCAGAUAUCAGUUUUAUAAAAACAUCAUUCGGUCAGUGUAACAUCAGGUAUAUAAUGAGAUCAAGAAUAAUAUUUCAUCAAUAAAUCUUUCUUGUUAUAUUUAUAUCUUCAAUCACGUGGCCUCAUGAUCGAUUAUAUCCUUAUCUUGCAUUAAUACUAGGCAUAAAAAUAUGUAUCAACCUUGUAAAAAAAAUCUGAUCAAACAAGGACAUAUCUAUAUGUGUAGAAUCUUUAUCGAUUAUUAAAAGUUUAUAGAAAUUCUAAACAUGAGAUUGUCUACAUUGUACAAGAUUUUUUUCAACACGUAAGCAAAUGAUUUUAUGAUCAACCAAGUAACAAAAUGAACAUUAAAUUUCACAUGAAUAAGAAUAACUUAUUGCGGCUGGAGAUAAUUGAAAAAAAAAAAAAAAAAAAAAAAAAAAAAAAACAGAAAAAUUAUCUUAAUUUGUCAGUGAUUUAUAAAAGACUAUCUCAAUGAAAAAUUAUUAUCUUAUAACUAUAGUUGCUCUUUUGAUCUUCCUGUCAUGAAAAUUGAAAA